GGACGGGCUGGCGGGGAGAGGCCAGGGGGCGGGCGGGCCUGUGUGUUGGCGGCGCCGGAGCUCGCGGGAGCGGCUUGGAAGCUCGGCCGCAGGGAGGAGGCCGCGGCCACGCUUCCUGGCAGUUACUGAGGGGCUUCUUUGAAGAACCAUGAAGUCACACUAUGUUGUGCUAACCCUAGCCUCCCUGGUGUUCCUGACGAGUCUCCCUGUGUCACAGAGCUGUAACAAAGCUCUCUGUGCUAGUGAUGUCAGCAAAUGCCUCAUUCAGGAGCUCUGCCAGUGCCGGCCGGGAGAAGGAAGCUGCCCGUGCUGUAAGGAGUGCAUGCUGUGCCUCGGGGCGCUGUGGGACGAGUGCUGCGACUGUGUGGGCAUGUGUAACCCUCGGAAUUACAGCGACACACCUCCCACCUCAAAGAGCACAGUGGAGGAGCUGCAUGAGCCCAUCCCCUCCCUGUUCAGGGCGCUCACAGAGGGGGACACCCAGCUCAACUGGAACAUCGUCUCCUUCCCUGUGGCAGAGGAGCUCUCACACCAUGAAAAUUUAGUUUCCUUUUUAGAAACUGUGAACCAGCCGCACCACCAAAAUGUGUCUGUUCCCAGCAACAACGUUCACGCUCCUUUUCCCAGCGACAAAGAGCACAUGUGCACUGUGGUUUACUUUGAUGACUGCAUGUCCAUACAUCAGUGUAAAAUAUCCUGUGAGUCCAUGGGAGCGUCCAAAUACCGCUGGUUUCAUAACGCCUGCUGUGAGUGCAUCGGUCCAGAGUGUAUUGACUACGGCAGUAAGACUGUCAAGUGUAUGAACUGCAUGUUCUAAAGAAGGAAAAGGAACGCAAACCAAAGCAACUUAGUUACUAGGAGGACAUGAAAAUUACUCAGUAAGUCAUGAAGUGUGCAGAAGUCAGGAGUCAAGUAUGCUAGGAACAUGCUAAAUUAUGUUGUUAUAACUGUACCUUUUCUGUUUGUUGCCUAUUAGUGUAUUAGUCCCUUUUUCAUGGGAACAGCAGAACUCUAGUCCUAUGAAAAUGGGGUACAGAGGAGUUGUGGAAGAGCUAUAGUUCUGAAAGAAGGUCUGGUGCCUUUGGUUACCAGGAGCUGUGGCCUUCACCUACCAUUCUCAGGUCCACCAGUCUCUGUCCUCACACCUUUCCUAACCGUGCCUUGGAUUGUUUAUCUGAUUUAUAUAAAGAGAGUAAAUAUUGCAGCUCACAUUCAAGCCACUGUAAAAGCUUAAUUUCAAACCCUCUUACAUUGGUUUUAGAAAGUAAAUAUAUACUAUAUUUUACAACAGAAAACUUUUACCUAGGGCCAGUGAGCUGACUCGGUGGGUAAAAGUGUUUGCUGCCUGAUGACCUGAACUUGAUCCCUAGCGCCAGAGCCCAUACAGUGGAGGAGAGAACCAACAGACCUCCAUACAUGCACAAUAACAUGCAUACAUAUGCCCUUGUGUGCACAUGCACACACAUACACACACACACACACACACACACACACACUAAGUAAGUGUUUAAAAGAACUUUAAACCUCUCACGUGGUGAGAUCUGUCCUACGGCACUCAUGCCGACGGUGACUUAGCCAUGGUCUUGCACUCCCCCACCCACAGUGCUGAUGUAUAGGCAGUUGAAUCAUCUCUACCAAGAAUUGCGGCACACCCUUGAAACUCCACUAAACGCACUGUGAGGAUCUGGGUGCAGAAGAAGCCAGGGAAAGAGCAGCCAGGCUGUAUGUAGGUCAUGUGAUGCCACAUCAGGCACCAGGAAGCAGCUGUCCUUUUCCAGCUGCACAGCAGAGGUGAGAAUGAGGUGCACCAGGAGAAGGGUCAUGCUCGGCACCAGCAAACCAGCCAGCUUCUCCAGCACACAGAACCGCGGGCUCAACACCAGCAAACCAGCCAGCUUCUCCAGCACAUGAGGUUGCAGAGGGUUGAAGAGGAAUUUACAGACAUGAACAGAGAAGGGCGAGAUUGUUGGGAACUCUUAGGAUCUACCUUAAAACCAUUUAUAGUCACUGUUUUUGUUACUUUGUAAUGUCUGUAUUUGUUUCUGGAUAUCUGAAUCUAAUAUUCUUAUUAGAUAAGCAUCAUAUUUUAGAAGCUGUAUUUCUGAAAGUGGAAGGGGAAAUCUGUUUAAUGUGUUUACUCCUACAUAUUACAGAAUUAUCUAAUUAGCUUCUUAUGUAGUGUUUCCCUAGAGACAAGCUGAAAUACUACAUACCCUUCAUAGA